AUGGCUAACGAGCAGAAGGUACCGAGAGAUGUAAUCGGUCACCGCCUGCAAGCAUUCGCAGGCUUUCAUCUCGGUCUUCAGCUCAUUCGCAGCUACCUUGAUGCCGGCUGCUACGAGAAGGCCGCUGAGUGGACAGACCGGCUCCAGCUUCGCGCCGAGAUCGGUAUAGAGGUGACGCACCAGCUAGCCUCAGAGCCCCGCAUAGGCCUGACAGCCGCGGAUCACUGUUUUAAUAACAUCAUCGGCACACGGAUUCCAAAAGGCGAGAAAGCGGAGGCCCUCGUGCGUAAACAGAGGGACUGGGCCCUGCGGACGGCAAGCGCCUCCACGCCUGGCAGUCAUGGCGGCAGCCAUUCUCGCGGCGCCGGAGGCUCCGGCGGCGGAGGCAGCGGUGGCGCAUCGCGCGGCAGCAACCAAAGGGGUGGCGGCCAGCGCGGAGGUCACGAGUACGGCGGAGGUCGCGAUGCAGAGCGCUUUGAUCGCAGCGAUCGCAAUGGCAAUAGCCGCAAGGAAGGCCGCAGCGGCAACUGUUGGCGCCCGUGUGCGCAGUUGUUGGCGCCCGCGUGCGCAGUUUUUGGCGCCCGUGUGCGCAGUUUUUGGCGCCCGCGUGCGCAGUUGUUGGCGCCCGCGUGCGCAGUUGUUGGCGCCCGUGUGCGCAGUUUUUGGCGCCCGCGUGCGCAGUUGUUGGCGCCCGUGUGCGAAGUCAUUGGCGCCCACGAGUGCAGUUACUUAGAUGCCCGGGCUGAGGCUCUUUUGGUCGCUCUUGGCGCGGAGGCGGACGCGGAGCUCUCCACCUUGGCGACUCAGUUUGCCCAAGUGGCCGGUCAGACACUCGCCCCGCGGACGUCCAAUGAUUACGCGCGGUCUUGGAACCCUUUCCGCGAGUGGUGGGUGGCCAGGCGACUGCCCGGAAGCAUCUACGACACCCCGGGUGAGGUGGUGGCACUCUAUCUGCUCUCCCUGCUGAACUCGUCCAAGGAAGAUAAGGUGGGGCCUGGACGGGUUCGUACAGCGAGUGCAGCAAUCAGCUCCUAUUUCCGCCUAGCCAGCAGAGCGCCCCCUACAGAGCACCCUGCCUGCAGCAUCGUCCGCGACCUCGCCGAAAAGCAACUCCAAGGCCGUAAGCUGGAACGCGACACCCUGGAGCCGGCGGACGUCACGGCGCUGGCCCGGCUGGUCGGUGGGCCGGAGCCGCUCCUUGACCAGCUGAUGACCGUUACAGCCGUCGUGGUCAUGUUCGCGGGGUUCUUUCGGUUCGACGACGCUGCGGAGAUAAGCGUUCACGAGGACCUUCUGGUUAUCACGGCGACUGGGAUGGAUGUUUUCAUCCCUCGUUCCAAGACCGAUCAGCAGAGACGGGGUCACUGGGUCCCCAUCGCCCGUGUCGGCGGUGCCGCGUGCCCCGUGGGCCUGACGGAGCGCCUCCUCACCUUAGGAGGGUACAAACGCCGCCCAGACACGCCGGACGAGGACGUCGGGCCCCUUUUGUGGCCGGUCCAGUGGAACAGGGCCGGGGGGUACUUGUCAGGCCCCCUGACAGGCACGGUGGCCCAGCCAAUCCACUCCCUGUCGUACCCUGCCUUCUGCCACCGGCUCAACAAGACUCUGCAGGCAGCAGGGAUCACCCGCCGCAUCACCGCGCAUUCCAUGCGCAUAGGAGGAAACAGCACUGCCGCCGACCGCGGUGUGCCUGCGGACCUGCGCAAAGUGCACGGCCGGUGGCGCAGCGACGCCGUGGUACAGUACUACACGCGGCGCGACGGGGAGGCGAAACUCUCCGUCUCCCGCAGCCUGGGCCUCGCCAUCUUGCCCCAGAUGCAGCACUGA